AUGUUGCGCAACACAGCAACCAGCGCAGCCGGUGCAGCUCGAAGGGCUGUGACUGAGCUCGCCCAGUGCCCCAAGACCGGCGAGAAGCUCCAUGGCUUCACUCUCCUUCGGUCCAAACACGUUCCCGAGUUGAAACUCACGGCGUUGCACCUUCAACAUGACAAGACGGGCGCGGAUUAUUUGCAUAUUGCACGGGAUGACAGCAACAAUGUCUUCUCCAUCGGCUUCCAGACGAACCCUCCAGACGAUACCGGCGUGCCCCAUAUCCUGGAGCACACCACGCUCUGUGGCAGCCAAAAGUAUCCCAUUCGCGACCCGUUCUUCAAGAUGCUUCCGCGCACCCUGUCCAACUUCAUGAACGCGUUCACUGCCUCGGACCACACAUUCUACCCUUUUGCCACGACCAACGCGCAGGACUUCAAGAAUCUUAUGUCGGUGUAUAUGGACGCCACUUUGCAUCCGUUGCUGAAGAGCACAGAUUUCACCCAAGAAGGUUGGAGGAUAGGACCCGAAAAUCCCCAGGCUGCCCAGACAAGUGAAGCCACCCCCGACGACAAAAAGCUUGUCUUCAAGGGCGUCGUCUAUAACGAGAUGAAGGGCCAGAUGUCAGAUGCAGGUUAUUUGUUCUACAUUCGUUUCCAAGACGAGAUCUUCCCCGACAUCAACAACUCUGGCGGCGACCCACACAAAAUUACCGACUUAACGUACGAGCAGCUCCGGGAGUAUCACGCCCAGCAUUAUCAUCCCAGCAACGCCAAAAUAUUUACCUAUGGUGAUAUGUCGCUCGAGGAGCAUCUAAAGGAGGUGAACGCUCGGUUGAAUGCGUUUGAUAAGCUACCUGGCUCCCAGAUCAUCCACCGGCCCAUUGACCUGAGCAGUGGUCCUCGCGAGCACGUCAUCUCGGGGCCUCUUGAUCCCCUGGUAGCACCUGACCGCCAAUUCAAGACCUCCGUCUCGUGGAUCAUGGGGGACACCUCCGAUGUCCUCGAGUCCUUUUCCCUGGCUCUGCUGUCCACCUUGCUGAUGGAUGGCUACGGAUCCCCUCUCUACCGCGGCCUAGUCGAGUCGGGACUCGGGACCGACUUCAGCCCGAACGCCGGUUACGACAGUUCUGGCAAAAUUGGCAUUUUCUCCGUCGGCCUGACUGGCGUUCAAGAAGCAGAUAUGCCGCGUCUGAAGUCGGAAGUACAUCGUAUAUUGAAAGACGUCCGCGAGACCGGGUUCGACAGGACCAAGAUAGACGGCUCUCUGCACCAGCUGGAGCUCGCCCUUAAGCACAAGACCGCUAACUUUGGCAUGUCUCUUCUGCACAGGGUGAAGUCCAAGUGGUUCACCGGCGUCGAUCCCUUCGAUUCUCUAGCCUGGAAUGACACCAUUACAGCCUUUGAGGCAAAGCUUGCCGAGGGUGACUAUCUUGAUGGCCUCAUCGAUAAGUACUUGCUGAACGACAACACUUUGACUUUCACCAUGGCGCCUUCUGCGACUUUCAGUGAGGACCUAGCACGGGAGGAGCAGGAUAGACUUGCCGCAAAAAUCAAAGAAGCGUCGGAGAACGCCGGCGGGGAAGCCGAAGCUCGCAAGCGGUUCGAGGAACGCGAACUUGAGCUGUUGGUUGAGCAGGGAAAGUCCAACACCGAGGACCUGUCCUGCCUGCCUACAGUCCAUGUGCAAGACAUCCCCCGCGGCAAGGAGCCUGUCCAGGUGCGCCACGACACGGCCAACGGUGUCAAAAUCCAGUGGCACGAGGCUCCCACCAAUGGCCUGACUUAUUUCCGCGCGGUCAAUACCUUGGAGAACUUGCCUGACGAUCUGAGAGAGCUUAUACCACUGUUUACCGACAGCAUCAUGCGCUUGGGUACCAAGGACAUGAGCAUGGAGCAGCUCGAGGACUUGAUCAAACUCAAGACGGGAGGUAUGUCUGUUGGGUAUCAUUCCACGCCAUCGCCCACCGACUUCCAUCUGGCCACCGAGGGUAUCAUCUUCGCGGGAAUGGCACUGGACCGGAAUGUGCCAGCCAUGUUCGACCUUCUGCGUAAAUUGAUCCAGGAAACGGACUUUGACAGUCCCGAGGCUGGACAGAGGAUCCGUCAACUCCUGCAGGCCUCAGCCGACGGAGUUGUCAAUGACAUUGCCUCUUCCGGGCACCAAUUCGCUCGCGGUUUCGCCGAGGCAGGAUUGACACGCAACGCGUGGCUCCGACAGCAGAUUGGCGGGUUGUCACAAGUGAAGCUGGUGACAUCUUUGGCCAAUAGACCCGAAUCCGACGGGUUAGUGGACGUAAUUGAGAAGCUGAAGAGGAUCCAGCAGCUCGCGCUCGCCGGGGGGAACAUCCGGACGGCCCUGACAUGCGGGGCAGAAAGCGUAGAGCAGAACGCUUCCGCGCUGACGAAGUUCAUGUCAUCUAUCCCUACCCAAUCGGCAACCCUCCCUGCUACCCAACCGACAAGCUUUGCUAAGGAUAUCAAAUCCUUUUUCCCACUGCCGUACCAGGUGUACUAUGGUUCCCUCUCCCUACCCACCGCCUCGUACACGUCCAAGGAGGGCGCGCCACUUCAAAUUUUAGCGCAGCUCCUGACGCACAAGCACCUCCACCACGAGAUCCGGGAGAAGGGCGGUGCUUACGGCGGCGGGGCGUAUUCGCGUCCCUUGGACGGCCUGUUCGGUUUCUAUUCGUACCGCGAUCCUAAUCCGCAGAACACGUUGGGCAUCAUGCGCAAUGCUGGACAGUGGGCUGUGGACAAGCAGUGGACAGACCGCGACAUUGAAGAAGCCAAGAUUUCGGUCUUCCAAAGCGUCGAUGCGCCACGCUCGGUGAAUGAGGAAGGAAUGGGGCUCUUCCUGUCCGGCAUCACAGAAGAGAUGAAGCAAAAGCGCCGCGAGCAGUUGUUAGACGUCUCCAAAGAUCAGGUCCGCGACGUGGCACAACAGUAUAUCGUGGAUGCCCUCAAGAAGGGCGAUGAGCGUGUGGCUUUUUUGGGAGAGAAGAGGCCUUGGGUCGACGGGACCUGGACUAUUCAUGAGAUGAACAUCAAGAACGGGGAUUAG